AUGCCACCAGCACCAAAAGCAGUGACCACUGGGUCGUCUACUUUCACUCCAGACUUAUUCUUUGAAGCAUGGUCUGACGAGAGGCAGAAGGAUCCUGUUCCCAACCAUGAUCUUCGGUCUGCAAUCAUCCAGGCAUUCGGACUCAAACCGUCGGAUAACUAUGUAUACCAUGCAAUAGCUAGUGUAACUUUACAACAAGUCCAAAAUGCUAUUUUACAAGGCGGAAGUAAAGGUUUACAUGCGUGGUAUCGAGAUGAGAAGGGCGAACCAUUGGAGCCGCCUCCAGAAAGUGACAUAGCAGCAUACACAUCCAUAUUCAACUCAGCUACCGCCUCAAACAAAGCUUUCUCAAAUUUUGCUUCUAACGCAAAAAAGCUGUCCCUCCGAGCUGGUGUUGGCUCACAUCUCACAUCCCUGCGGCUCCCAGCACCAACAUCAAUAUCUAUUCCUCGUAGCAAGUCUCACGUCAAUCCAUACUUGGACUUUUGGCGGUGGUCCUGCCAUAAUCUCGAGUGGUGUGGUCCCGAUGAAUCUACAGCGAGUUUAAAGAAUAGUCAUCAUGUUCUCCCAAUCUUCAUGCAUCACUUUGGUUGUGUCUGCCCGAGCUAUGAAAGCAUCGAGAUCAUGAAGGUUUUGUCUAAGGCCCGGAAAUGCGGCAUUAUAGAUAUGGGAAGCGGUAACGGGUACUGGACGUAUAUGCUCCGUCGAGCAGGUCUAUCGGUUGCUGCUGUCGACAAUAUGCAAUCACUCUGGCGGACGAUGUGGGUCGACGACACUAUUGUUGAAGACGGCUUAAAAUAUCUUAGGCAAAAGAACUCCGGAAAGAAUGAUAUACUACUCCUCGUAUAUCCAAUCGUUUCGCUAGACUUCACGAAGCAAGUCCUAGCCGAGUACGCGGGGGAUAUCAUCUGCAUUGCUGGAACUCAAAACUCGAACGGAUAUACAGCGUUUAAGGACAUGACGGUAAAUGAGUACUUCGAAAAGGAGAUGAAAGAUUUCCACAAGAUUGUCCAAGUACCUUUGCCUUCAUUUGCAGGGAAGGAUGAGGCAUUAUAUGUGUUUGAAAGAAAGGACAUGUCACAAUAA